UCGUCUGAUCACCAUCAACAGCAAGAUCCUUGAACUUUUUUUCAAGUUAAAAAGUGAUGGUAUUCGUCAACAGUUAGAGACUGUUCGACCAGUUGAUUCAAAAAGCAUGACUAAAAAAUUUAUAUAAAAUUGCAAGAAAGAUAAUAUGGAAGAGAAGGCAGCAGAAGAUGUCUCCGAAGAGAAAGUUCUGAGAGCAAGAACUGUGUAUGUGUUGAUGAAAGAAGAUUACAGAAUAUCCAGAAACAUAAGAGCAUCAUGGUAUUUCUCAAAUCUUGACACAGUUAUACCAUUUGUUCCAAGAAAAUCACUGGAUAACAUUGAGGAUGAGCUGACUGUUUUGUCUGUCCUACCCCAUGAAGAUGAUGUCCCAGAUGACAAUCAGCUCAGAGAUGGAUUUAAAUUUAAACUGCUGCCUCAUUCCAACAUCAUAUUCCUGGCCAAGAGGUAUAGGAUAGUGUUUGUUCUGGAUCUAAGCCACUCAGCUGCAUCAGUUGACUUAAGGACCGGAGAAGUUAUACUGAAUAAAGUAAUUCCAACAUUGAGAAGAUGUCUGACAGGAGUUGUUAGUCCUUUUAUCUUGCCAGGAACAGAUCUGCUCUAUGAACCUGAAUUAUAUGUUACUGUUAUAGCACAUACACCACUGUUAAAGUGUACAACUAAUCAGGUUUUAGCCCAAGGUAUCCGUGUUCUUAAAGGAAAUGUUGAAGACUUUCUAGCCAUGAUGAAACAAAGAUAUGACAGCUUUGAACAAAAUUUGGCAUCAGAGUUUUCUAAAUUACAAUUACAACCAAUGAUUACUGAAGAUUUAACAGAAAUGUCAGAUGGAGAAACUGUUUGUGGACAACAUAGUUUUAACAUUCCCAUGAACCCAGAGGCUGGAAUUAUAAAUCUUCUUAGACAAGGAUAUUUUGCACUGCAACUUCUACCAGAAAAUUCUAGUGCAGGUAUAUGUGUUGUAACAGAUGGUAGUUUGGGAGUCACGGUGACAGAUUCAAACAGAUUUGAUGCACUGAUGACACAGUUAAGGAACAGUACUAUUGCCUGCUCAUUCCUGAAGAUGGGUGACACAUAUUGUGCACGUGCUCAGUUUGGACAUAUACCACAUGUAGAAUUACUUCAAUUCAUAUCAACAGCUACAUUUGGAGCCUACUUUUCUUCAUGCCCAGAUCUAACUAAAGAUAAUACCCAGCAACCCAAUGUUUACCAUAAGGCCCUGUUACAAUGGAGUUUCCAAAAAGGAUUAGAGGGCUUCAGAUAUGAUUUGGCACAUGGACAACAGCAGACCCCAGUACAUCCUACAGCCUUGAUAAACAAGAUCCUAGCCCAUCCAAUAAAAGUAGGUCCAAGUAGUGUGGUGAACCCCAUUAUCAGGAAGAAACACAAGGACAUGAAAUUGAACACUACAUUAAAUAGUGUGUUAUCUGUGCGACUACGAGAGGGCUACACAAUUAAAGAUGUCUCAAUAACUAAAGGAGGUACACAGAUUGAAGUGAGAUUAGUGUUACCAUGGAGAGAGUAUGCUAAAAUAGAAUAUUAUGCAACAGCCUCAUGGCCAUUAGAUCCUUCAAAGAGACAAACUCAGGUAGAGAUAAUGAUAGAAGGGAGUUACGAUUUCCUACAUGAUAUCACUUGUUCUACGCGAAGAGGAGUAUUGAGAACUACAAAUGUUAAAAACUUCUGGAUGGCAUUGCAAAGUUUAUGUCAAGCUGAUCAGCUAUUGGUACAUCUACAGUCCUUUGGUUCCAGCCCAGUCCAUUAUAAAUUAAUCAGCAGUAUUGCUAAUGGAAUUCCAGUUUUUGUUUUGCCUCCAAGUUCUUAUAAUCCAGAACUCAACAGUCAACACAAUACUAAGGAUACAGCUUUAAAUCAGUUUGCUUCAUUCUGGAACCCUGUUGUUAAUUUAGAUAUAAAAAUUUGGCAGAAAUGGAUGCACAGUCAUAGAAUAGAGAUGGUAUUAGAACAUGAUGUUCCUCUACCUAAAUGUCUACAGAUCCCUCAUACUACAGGCAGAUUUAAUAUUAUACAGUGUAGACAGGCAUUCGCUACUAUUACAACUCUACUCAGAGAGUGGUCUUCAUUCAUACUGAUAGAGGGAUUGUCUUAUGUUAAAUUACUGGGAAAGGAUCCAGAGAAACCAACAUCCUUCCUGUUAUUGCGAUCUAUAUCAAAACCACCUUGUAUUGUACUGAGAUGUGCUUUUCUGGCUGGAACUUCAGGGCGCAAUAGAUACAAAACACUUGGUGAACUGAAAGAGAAACUCAGAAAUCUAAAGUUCCCUCACAGAGCCCCACAGAAAGUGGACAGCAAGAAACAUCGUGCUGGACAAAGUGAUGCAAAGCCAGCAGUGAUAGAACAUCGACCACCAUUACAGUUAGAGAGAUCAGAAAAGAAUUGUUGUAUUUUACUGACAAAACCUGUAGAACAAAUCCUUAUCAGUUAUGAAAGAAAACCAUCAGAUAUGACAGAAUUAGAAGAUCCCUCCAAAUACAUCAAGAGCCAUUCCAUGACAGACCAACAGAUUGUCACUAAAGCUACCAGAGCUAAUGCAUUCAAUACACUGUCUAGGUAUUUACAUCACCAGAGAUGGAUCUGGUCAGUCAAGCGUGGAAAAGUUGACAUCAGUAUGCAGGCCAUAGGGAAAAUCUUGUCAACUUUAUCUAAAAUCCGACUUCAAGAAGGUUUCCAUUUUGCCUCCAGUAAUUCAGGCAUUGUAAAUAUGGUUUUAGAGGUCAACAUGAAGGAGAAUCAAAGUGAUGGAGGUAUAUGUGUUGUCCAGUAUAUUAUGUUUCCACCACAUGUUAAAACUACAUUGGAUAGUUCGAUAUCAGAGGAUAUGGAUGAGAUGGAGACAACUGAAGCUGAUGGGGAAUUACAGAUUGUGACUGAAUGCUGGAUAGAACCACAGCAUGGUAUAUCUGUACAGAAUUCACCAGAAAGACAACACUGGGAUAACAUGACGUACAAGGAAAUAGCUCAAACAUUUUUUCCAGUUGACCAAGAAUGUAUAUCAUGUAUGGUGACCUUUGAACACUUAGUAUGGGUGUGUGAAAAUAAUGCUGUUUUUCCAUCAGAAGAUUUUUUCUGGCUGUACAGUGGAAGUUUCUUUGGAGAUGGACCUCCUGGCCAGUAUGAAAACAAACAGCAAGAGAAGACAACUCCACCAAACAUACACCAGAUGCCAUUCCCUUUUGAUUUGUUGUCUCUGCUACCCAAAAGUCAGCAGGCAGAAAUUUUAUUCUCGACAUAUAUGUUGUCUUCAACAGAUGAACAACCUACAAAAGGAUCAAACAGUAUUUUAUUUCAAUUAUUAUUGGACAAACUCUCUGAGACAUUCGACAAAAAAGUGUCCUUAUCUAAAACAGACUGUAAAAGGUUCCUAGAAUUGCUAAAAAAACGUUCUAGAGAUGAUUUGGAACAUCCUCUGCCUUUUUCUAUCGAUAAAAUUCUCAGUAAUUCUACAGAAAUUCCUCAGUGGUGCUGUUUUGUGAAGUCUGUCAGUAAUAAUCGUAUGUUUAUGACAAUUUUACCAGAAUCUUUCAAUGAUUUGUUACUACUGGAUACAAAGUUAGAAGUAAUCAAAGAGGGUUCAUCAGAAAGUGAUGAAAUUAUAGACAGAGUAACUGAGUCACAAGGUGCUCAAACAAUAGACAGAGUAACUGAGUCACAAGGUGAUCAAACAAUAGACAGAGUAACAGAGUCACAAGGUGCUCCAACAGAGUCACCAAGUGCUCCAACAGAGUCAUCAGGUGUUCCAACAGAGUCACCAAGUGCGCCUACUGAAUCACCAAGUACUCUUACAGAGUCGUGCGAUGCUCCAAGAGAUGAUGGCCAACAAGAGAAUAAACCAGAACAUUAUGGUAAACAUGGCAAACAAGAAGAACCAUACCAUUAUUACACAAUUCCAUUUUACAUGUAUGAGAGUUAUCUUCCUAAUGUGCUGGACAUGUUAGUCAAUCCUUGGGAUUUCACACUUCCUGAAGACUUAUAUGAAGAUCUGACAUUCAUGGAAAGUAAUCGGGAUGAAAGUUUUAGCAAAAGUCCAAUGUUUAAAGUUCCUUCAUUUGAAAGAGAAUUUACUCCAGGUUGUGACGAAGCUACCAUGUAUAUGUCAUGGAUGAGGAUAACCCAUGAACGAAGGCUGACCGAAUGCUCCAAUAAUGAAAAUGAGGCUACACUUAAACAACAAUGCAGUGUGCUUACAGAUAUAUACUAUUCCUGUUUUGUAAAUGGUGUAUUCCAGAGUGUACAACAGGAUCUUUGUGUACACAAAAAUGAUGUAGAAGCAGCUAUUAACAACAUCUGUGAGGAAUCCCUGGCUAUAGAGACAGAUAUUACUACAUUCCUCCUCUCCUCCUGUCAACAUUUUCAGAAGAUUGCAGAAUCAGCUAAGUUUGAUCUGGCUAACAGAGAGAAUGCUAUACAAGAUGAAAAAGAGGAGGUUGAGGAGGACUUCUUUCCUCGAAGACAAUCUGUCAGAUUUAAUGAUUUUGUGGAAGAAUUAGAUAGCCACCCUGUGUGUGGCAAUAUACCCAUGUCAUUACAACUGCCAAAGAGUACAGCCAAACUAAAGACAUCAUUGAAUUAUCCAUGUGAAUUCACUGAAGGAUCUCACAAUCUUGUGAAGAAUAAGUUUAUAGAUAUUGUACAGAAAUGGUUUAAACAAGUUCCCAGUAAUCCUGACUACUACAUAUAUUGUCCAGUUAAUAUUCCUCAAAGUGUUUCUGGAGAAGAAGAAUCUGAUGACAGAAACCAGUCUGAUGGAGUUUUAGACUUAAGCCAGCAAGAUUAUGAAGAAUUUGCUUUCUUUGAUGAUGAUGAUUUGGUGGUAGUAGAGAGGAAACAGACUGACCACUUAUCAACAACCUCAAUGUUAGACUCAGAGGAAUCUUAUACUGAUGAAGAUAUCUGUGAGGAAGAGAAGGAAUCAGAAAAUAUACCUCUCUUUGUUUUCUUCACCUGUACUGUUAAACAUAGACUGGACCAGGCACCAAUAGCUGUUCAAGGACUGAUUCCCUGCCUAGAUGAAAUUAUCAAUAAAAUUGAAAUAGAUAUGGAAGUAAACCUUAGUGAUUUGAAGGUAACCUUUGACAUAAAUUGUGUUACUAUGGCAACUGAUGUAGAAGAGGAGCCAAAGAGGACAUUCAUGAGAAUGUUAUCAAACAACAGUACAAGUAGUAGUCCUCCAUUGUCACCCAGAGAAGAUAUGAUGGGUAGCUCUACCGAUUUAGGAAGUCUGAAGCAGACCUGUCCAGAUCCAAUUAAACAUCUACCUAGACAACAACACCUGGCUGUAACUAAAUGUAAAGAAGAGUUAGAAUGGUUACUGAGGGAUGAGAUAGCCUCCUCAUUACGACAGUUAAAUCUCAUCCAGACAGACACAUUGGAGUUUGUAACAGAUCAUAUCCAGGUGUCAGCAAAGAAAGGCAAACCAAACUGUUCUUGUGAACAUAUCCCUCUUCAUUUUGUUUAUGGAAUGGAGAAAAGCUUACCAAAUUUCAAAGAGGAAUUUGAAAGACUAAACUUACAAAAGUACAAAUUGAUGAAGGAGGAAGACUUUUACUUUGUUGUAACAAAUAAAGCAUACAAUAAUGUUCUGACCAAAGCUUUAACAUCUGCUUUAGUAGAACUCAGUAGAGAAAAUACACCAGCUUCCCUGGAAAUGAUAGCAUCUAGUACAAAUGAUGUCAGUACAGCUGUCACGUAUGUCUCCCCUACACUGAUGUCAACAGAAAAACAGAAAAUUAUCUCCCCUGUAUCACACAGCAGAGAAGAUGGAUUGUCUCCCCUACCUAGUGAGAAAGGUGGAUUAUCUCCCUUAUUAAGUGGUAGUGAGGAAUCAUCAAGUGCGUUUCUAAAGGUAGAAGGAAAUAAGAACUUGAAAUCAGACAAUGACAAUAAUGAUAACAGCACAGUAUCUGAACGAGAACAUUUUACAGAUUUCUAUGACAAGUUAGAAGGUAUUAAAACUAACAUCAGGCCUGUAAAAUCAGUUGAUCUAAGAAGUUUAAGUGCAGGAGAAAUAGACCUACAAGGUUUGAAAAAAUCAUCCAGUUGUGCAGGAAUAAUAAUGACCAGCGUUAGCACUACCAAAGAAAUUACAUCUUUGGCUCCCCCGCCUCCAGUGAUGACAUGGGCAUCUCAUGCACCAUUUCUUGGUAGACCUCGUCAUUUCUCUGCACCAUCAGGACAGGGAACACCCAGGAGUAAAACAUCAACAAUAGACCACACUCCAUCAUGGUUAUCAUCAAGAGCAAGUGAAGCAGGAUAUGAAGGUGAUUCUAGUGACAAUGAGGAAGGGGAUACUGGAUUUAAUGAUCUGAGUGGAUCAGUCCAACAACCAAUACCAAAGUUCUGGUUAAUAAUGAAGGUCAUUUCUAAAGUCAAAGACUUAGGAGUGGAUGUUUACUUUCAUUCUAGGGAAACUGGUCAAGAAGACACAGAAGAAAUUAUUGAACAAAGAAAUUUAGUAUCUCAUGUUAAAGACAGUAUAGAUAAGCUAUGUUGUAAAGUCAACCAAUUGUUGUUAUUGAAUGAUUUGUAUGACACAAGAGUUUGUAAAAACCUCCUGGUUCCUGAAGCUGAUGAGGAUGUCAAGUGGGCAGUAGACAAAACAGUUCCCAGAGGGAUGACACAAAAUAGAGGUUCAGAGGAUGGUUCUGAAGAGGAAGAAGAAGAAGUCGGGGACCAGCAUUACUUGUACGACAGCCAUAAGUGGGAUAGUGGCUAUUUUGAUUGUGAAAGUGUUUAUACCAAAACAUUUUACAUCCAUUCCAGGCUGAAAACAAUGUCAGGAACGAGGACAAAUACUACUGCUAUAGGAAUGCAGGCACUGAAGUCUGUGCUGAAUAAAUUCUCAGUCAUCAACAGGAAAAAUAUGUUUGUAAUAAAGGAAUCUACAACACAAGCUGUGUUUUAUCUCAGAUUAAAAGAAGUCAGUGGAAAAGAUGCCAUUUACCAGAGACAGUUAUCUACAAUAAUUGGGGACGAAUUUGAACUAGGGGAAUCAUCAGCAUCACUAAUUGCCAUGAUGAAGAGAGAAGAAAUGCUAAAUGUCCCAGAAAAAGAUAGUGACACUUUAUCAAUAACAUCUUCAGGCAGUGCUAUAUCCUCAAUGAAACCACAAGAUGAAAUCCAACUGUUUGUCCAUGGCAUAGAACCACCAGGAAAAGAUAUUAGAGAAGGAUUAGUGAACACUUUACAGAAUAAAUUAGAUGAUGCUGUAUUGGACAUUCUGUCUGUACAGCUUAACAGGAACCCUCUGUCAAAAUUAUCAGCUGAAGAUGUUCAUUUUAUUCAGAAACCACAAGAGAUUAAAAGAAAUGCUGAGGACAGCAAGGGACCUAUGCAGUUACAACUGACAAUACCUGUAUCUGCCACCAUGCAGUUAUCAGCUGUUGUGUACUAUCUGAAACAAAACCUAAAGCUGUUCUCUCAUAUACCUAAUUAUGCUGAUAACAGACCAGACAGUCACUUCCAGGACAUAAUGGAUGGCAGACAACAAGCCAUUCAUGAUGGUCAGGCAUUUCUUUACAUCAGACCAGCCCAUGGUGGGAAAGGGAUAGCAUGUAUAAGUUUGGCAUUAGUUGAUGGGAAAGGUAUACCUGUACAAGCAUUGGGUUGUCGUAAACCUUCUAGGAUUGGUUAUACCAAAAUCACCUCAGAGAAAGAAUUUGAACAUCUAAUACACACAGAUCUGUAUGAAAGUAAUGGUGAUUCUCGGCCAGGACCCACAGCCUUGCUACAGUUCAGAGCAUGGGAAGUUGGUUCAGCAGAUCUUGGCUCACUGAAGGAGAAAUUGAUAUUAGCUGUUCGCCAUUCAUUGUGUGACAUAGUGACAGAGUUCACCAUGCUGACGGCCUCGGUCUGUCAGAUACCUCAACAGUUGAUGGAGCUACUGCCAGUAGCAUCAUACUCAACUCCUUCCUCACCUCAUGCUCCUAGAGAAUCAGACCUUCAAAGGAGACAUUCUAUAAUGACCAGAAAGAUGCCAGAUAAGAUAGUCCUAAGUAGUGCUGUGUCAUCUCCAUUGCUUCAGUCACUUAAAGAUGUCUUCCAGAGAGUAACCUCCCCUACACCAGAUCAGGCUAAGUCAUUUUUUGAUAUUCCGAGUUCAGCAGCACAAGUUCAAGGUCAGCCCUCACCAAGUUCAUCUUUGAUGUCUGGUGUAAGCUCAGGAUCAGAAGGUGAUAUACAGCAGAUCAUACAAAAAUACGAGGAAGGCAGCCGUGGCAUUCUGAAUCCUGUAUUCUCUUCACUUCUUGUCAAGUGGUUUGAUUUCUGUCAUGAACUAGGUGUGCCUUCUGUGAGUAAAGACGUUAUGGCUUUGGCUUCAAGAUUUGCUGUUGAUUUUUUCCUGAAAGAAUUCAUUAACGUUGUGUCUCAUAUACUUGGUGAUGUCCAUCCUAAAAUCUUCAAGUUAUACAAAGACAGUGAGGGAAAUCUCUGUAAUGGAACGUUAUACAACCCAUGCAGAAUUCCAGUUCAGACUGAUGAUGUAAAUAUAGAGAGUUCAUUGGAUACUACAGACAGAUUUGAUAUGGUGAUGGCAGAUCAAGACAUUAACUUUGUGGUUGUUGGACGUAACACAGAACAAUGGCAGGCUAGUGUCCAGGAUUUUAAUGAGGAAGAAUUUACUGCUUCACCCACUUCUCCUAAAGCUAUACCAAAACAAACAUAUCAGAGAUUUCCACCAUUGUGGUCUGAAAGAGAAAAAUCACCAGAUAUAAUGAACAUGUUGGCAAGUCCAGAUCCAUUGUUUAUUCCGAGACAGAGGUUACUGUUACUUACUGUACAGAACAGAAAUCUAUGCCUGUACACAUAUAACUGGGCUGGUGAUUUGAACAAGAUCCUCGUUUCCAAUGUUAUGAAGUUAGUGAAGUGGAAUAACAAUCGUAAUACCUUACUCAAUAGUAUUAUCAGUCAGAAAAUGGGACUGUUCCAUCAUUGUGGAUUUUCACAGUCAAGUAAAACAAAGAACACUGAAUUAGACAAUUUGAUCAAACAUGCAGCACCACCUCCAAAUGAACAUCUGAGAAGGAAGAAUAGUAACAUUGGCCAAUUCAGUGCUAGUCAUCCUAGUCAACCUUUUGAUGAGGCUUACAAGGACACACAGCCUACGAAACCUCUCUCACAGACACUUCAUGCUGCCAUUAGAGAUGUGGUCAAAUGUCAUGGGUUACAAACACAAGGGGUCAGAGGUCAUGUCAGAAAAGAUUUAGAUGCAAUACUGACCUUAAAUAAAAUGUUUUGGUCAUGGAUUGCUAAAUCCAGUUGUAAUGAACCAAUUUAUGAAGAAGAUUUACAGCUGUUAAAACAGUUCAGUCGUUUACUUCACUACUGUGCCACACCUAUUCUCUUCUUCUCCCAAUGGAGACAAAAAAUUAUGGAGAAGUAUAGAUCUACUCAAAGGCUACCUGGUACUCCUACUCCAGAUAAAACUGAUAAAAGUAGAUCUCGUCACAGUUCAGGAGCAUCCACUAGUAGUUUGAGGACCAAAAGAGCUGACAGCCAAGAUGGUAAGAAACGACCAGAUUCGACACCAACCGACUCUCCCAUUCAUGGACAGAAACAGAAGACUUUUCAGGAAGAAGGAUGGCAUGUAGAAAUACGGUCUGAGUUCAUCAGUGAAUACAUCAACUAUGUCAAGUCUCUGGGAUUUGUCCCUAUUAAUCUUACAGCUAAUCCAAAGAAAAAUUUUCGUCACAGAAAGACACCAUCCCAUGAAAAUUUUGUACCAGAUGAUAGUCACAGACAUGGUUCUAUUGGUACAGUCAAGCAUUUACAGAAGACCAUGUCUGGUGGAAUUAUGUUGAUGGAACUUAGUUUUAGGGAGCAGUAUUUCUGUGUUAAGUUGUUUGUUUGUGAAUCCUCCAGACUAGGAACACCUGUGAACCAGCAUGAUACACAACAUCAGUUGUUUUUAAAGGUAUUGUUUGUGGAUGAAUGUGAGAAAUGUAAAGAUCUAAUACAUGUACAUUCCUUUGCCCAUGAUUUCCAUCUACGAUCGAUACAGUCCUGUAUCAGUGGUAAAGGCAUGUAUAAAAAUUUCUACCAUAUGACUGGAUUCCUGUCUGACUUCAGUUUGGUGUACCCAUAUCCACCAGCAUUCUCAAGGAAUUUUCUUCUGACAGAUUAUAUAACAUUUUCAGAGUUAUCUUCUCCUGCUCAGACAUUGUAUGAACAUAUGACUAGACAUAUCAAAGACCAUGGUAUGAAAGUCAUUGCCAUGACACCCACUGUUGAUGCUGAUAUUGAAAGUGAAUACUAUUUUGUAAGGACAACAGAGUAUGCCUUGACACAGUAUAAAGAAUUCAAGGUCCCUACUCGACAGAAGUCAGUGACUGACGAUUUUGACAUUGGACUUGUGAUAACGAACAUGUCUCAGAGUAAUGUUUACCAGACUGAUGCUGAGAAAUAUACUCUAAAGUUACAAUACUUUAUAGUACUAACCAGUAAGAGAGAUCUGUUUCCUGUGGCUUACUUAGAGAAAAAGUUAGGACAGUUUAAAACCUUACCACAAACUCCAGAAGUUAUCCCACGUACUAGCAGUAACCCAGUACCAGUUAAACAGCAUAUUGGUGUUAGAAAGCAAUCAAGAAGACCGUAUAAAAGAACCAAUCAACAUCAAGAAACUGCAGAAAACAUCCUUUUUCAGGAAUCUACUAUGGCCAGAGAAAAAAUGAAUGAGUUAAUAAGACAAUCUACAGCAGAAUGUCGUAAAGAUUCACUAUGGAACAGGAUGUUAAUUGUCACACAUGCUGAGGAAGAUGUCAAGAAAAAGAAACGAAGUGAUACAGAGGAAAGCAAAGAUGGGUUUCAAAAAUUAUCCCAUGAUGAGUUUCUGGAGUUACUUGGUAUGGUUGUGAAACAAAGGUUAGCAGAUAUAGACCCUCAGUUGAUGCCAUUCCACAACAUGAGUUUAAUGUGGUAUAAAAGUCUGUAUAAAGUGCUACAAACCAGAUACCCAGAAACACAUAGGUGUUUCUCUAGUCCUGAUGGACAUGUGCAAUAUUUGGUUGUUGUCAAUCCUCAGUUUCCUGAUAUGCUGAUGAUGUUGAUGAUUGAUGUUAAAGAUAACAAAACUGACCUGUGUGCAGUUUUUCGUGAAGCCCUGUCAGAUGAAACUGAUCAAAGCAAGCCAAGUUUACCAUUUAUCAACAUCCAAGAUCAUGAAACAGACUUUAUUAAUGUUUGUUGUUUUCAUCUUUGGGCAUCCUUAUUAUAAAGAUUUGAUAAAAAAAACUUUACAUUCGUUUGCAUUAAAAACCAUAAUUUUCAUUGAAGAAUUUUUGUUAAACCAAUAUUGAUUUUAUGAGACUCUUAAGACAUAUUCUUUUUAUUUUUAUAUUCAUGCUUUAGAAGUGGAGUUAGUUAUAAAGUUGUAGAAGUUUUAUGAUAACUUCAAUUGUUACUAUUACACAAUCAAAAUAUAUUCACUAUGUAAGGUAUAGAACAUAAUUCAGCCCAGUCAGAAAGAACAUACAAGAAAGUAGUACAUAUUUCAAACAAAUUAGUUCCUACGCAUAGCUGUACCUUUGUCAAUAAGUAAAAUAUUUGGGUAAUCUUGGUAUCAAAUGAAAGCUUAAGGACUUGGGAUCACUGUAGAACCCUUGUUAAAAGCUUCUUUUGAAUAAUGAAAAAUAUAUGAAAUUAAGAUAGGAGGGCAUAUUUGCCCUGUUGUUCAGAUUAGAAGUACAUGUUUUGUACUACCCAACUUCUGGUGAACCAGUGUGCUCAAACAUGCAAUUAAAGAUAUGUUGAUUUUUUUCAGCACAAGUCAGGAUAAGGUAUAGUUUUGACAUGAAAUGACUAUUUCUUUAUUUGAACGCAAGACAAAAUAGCUAUGAGUGCCUGAAGUUGCAGAAAUUAGAAUAGAAAGCGAUGGGGCUAUGAAUUAGUGGUGUUAUUCCAUAAACAUUUAUUCCAAAUUCCUAGUGUCAAAUUUGCAGUUACAGUGAGGAAUAUAUAUAUAGAACUUAGGCUUUAAAUUUUAACAAAACCUAAUUUUCCACCCACCUUCUUUAUUUGUUUUGUCGCCUACCAAUUAGUUACAAAUUGUCAGGAAAUAAGGGAAUGUGACAUUAUUGAUGAGAUUUUCUAAACUUGUGCAAGUUGUCAUGGCUACAAUUUAUUUCACCUUUAUAUGAUUAAUGUACAUGACAAAUUUAACUGACAUUUUUGUUGUUAAUUCAUCUGUCUUGCAUAAUCGUGUUACAGUUCCAUUUUGAUCAUGUUUCUGCAUGAAGAUAAAUCUGUAUAUAUAUUUAUAUGUAGAACAAAAAAAUCUUAUUGAUCUCUCUAGUCUUGCCAUUUGUCAUAUAUGAUUUUACAGAAUUGUUCAUUUUUACCAUAUUUUUAUUAUUAAAUGAGAAAUGUGUCAAUUAAUUGCUGAUUUUUUUUUCUUUUUAACAACAUUUCUAUCUGUUUGGUUUGAUGUGAGCAUUGAUGUGAUCAGGUUUACAUUUUUAUUUUUCGAUGAAUUUCCCCCAAAAAAAUUAGGUUAGAGCUAUUAUAGAAAUCCAUGUUUGACUCUUGUUGACAUGCUUGCAAACAUUGUUAGGACGUUUGUUUAAUUGUAAUUUUACAAGAUGGCCAUCUGAAGGCAAUGCAUAGACAUAGUUUCAGUCUGUUUACAAUAUACAAUAAUUUGUUGGACAAUGAAUAUUAUCAUAUUGGGUCCAGUCUGGAACUUGACCUUGAAACAAGAUAAUAUUGUUUAUUAUUACUCAAAUCAUUAAAAUUCAAGGUUUCCAACCAAUAGAUUCCAAGUGUCCUUAUCUUCAGAACUUUAGACUAGAGAUGUAGAUUUUUAUUUUAUGCUGUUUGGUAUGCAACAAUGCAGUGAUUAGUGAGACAUUACCUAAAUAGAUUUGAAUUUGAAAGUUAAGAUUGGACACAACAUCACUGCUAAUAAAAUGAUAUUAUGACCUGGAAAUUCUUAGCAUUCUAAACUCUAAAUAGUUACCAUGUUCUAUUUUAUUUUGGAAAGUUAAGGACACAUUUUGUAACAUUCUUCUAUCUCUGUGAUAUGGGACUUCUAUUUCAUUGUGUGAUAAGUUUUAGUUGCGAUACAGCUUCUUUAAAAGCUUUUCUGUGAUUAUAGUUACAAAAUGUGUGAUUGAUUUUACAUCCAUUUUGGAAAAAAUAUUUUUGUAAAUUUAGCUGUAAAUUUUAUCUGUGUUUGCUAGAUUUGUUAAAGAUACCGGUAGUCAGAAUAUUAGAAGAGAAGCAUGCUCAUGACAAGUGUUAAUUUUAGAAUUUUUGGCAUGCCUGUUCAAAAAAGUUUCAGCAAUACUGAAACGUAUGAGAUUUUAGUUUUGAGGGUUUAUUAUAUUUUGCAGCCACAGUCAACUACUACUAGUAUAUAGAACUGUAAUAUACUUGAAUUAAUUUGAGAAAGAAGGCAUUGAUGGCACAUUUAUAAAUAUAUAUAGUUAUCUUGAAAAAGUAGAAAGUUAUAUUUUGUUACCUCUGGUAGGAUGAUAUUGUUAAUGCUAAUACAUCGACAGAUUUUUCUUUCUUUUUUUUAUAUAAAUAUCAAAGUGCCUUUAUGUUCCUGCAUGCUGCAUAGUAUAUUUAUUAUCACAUAAAACUUUUGGACAUAAUGAAAUUGCAUAAAAGGGCAUUGUUCUGUUAAAUUAUGCUGUAUGUGCUUGUGUAUACACAUAUAUUAUAUUAAAUAAAUCUGAUGCACACAAUGCAAAGUGGCAAUAAGUUUUCAGGAUUGUUUUAAAUUGUUGAGUUAUUGUACAUUUAGUUGUAUCCAACACUUCUGUAUAAUUUAUCUGAAUGGUUAUUUCAAUAAAUAACUGCAUUAAAA